AUGUGACAGGCCGACGCUGCAGCUCCAGCACCAGAAGCAGCACCAGCUGCACCUGCAGCACCAGCAGGUGGCACUGAGUUCACAGCAGACCAGAUUGAGGACUUCAAGGAGGCUUUCGGUCUCUUUGACAGAGUUGGUGACAGCCAGGUGGCCUUCAACCAGGUGGCUGACAUCAUGCGCGCUCUGGGCCAGAACCCUACCAACAAGGACGUUCACGCGAUCCUGGGCAAACCAAGUAAUGAUGACAUGGCCAACAAGAGGCUCAACUUCGACGCUUUCCUGCCCAUGCUGAAGACAGUUGACACUUACCCAAAGGGUACCUACGAUGACUACGUUGAGGGUCUGCGUGUCUUUGACAAGGAGGGCAAUGGCACAGUCAUGGGCGCUGAGCUGCGUAUCGUGCUGUCCACCCUGGGAGAGAAGAUGAACGAGACCGAGAUUGAUGCCCUUAUGGCUGGUCAGGAGGACGAGAACGGCAGUGUGCACUAUGAGGCUUUUGUCAAGCACAUCUUGUCCGUGUAAGAGGCCAGAAGGAGGAAUGCUGAAGAAACUGUAGCCAGCCUACAGACAGCCCAACGGUGUUCAGGACAUCUACACUGUUUUAAAGACCAACCAAGGAAAGACAAGGACUAUGUACAAGGGAUGUUGAAGCAACCCCAUCUUGUUGUUUAUUUUGUUUUCCUUUCCAUUUUGUUUCCAACCCUCCUGUUUCGGGACAUCUGCUCUCCAUUGUAGACCCCAUCACUCAGCCUCUACUCUCUUCCUCUCUUCCCCCCGGGGGCGCGUCUCCACUCACCACAUUUGGGGUGAGGAACGGGGGAGAAGGGGUGACCGCUCAUCAAGUGAGGGUAGAUCCCUCCCUUCCCACCGCCACCUCAUACAGUAAUACCAUCACUGCCCCAGCAAUGCCAAAGGUGCUGGGGAAUGGUAGUGGAUUGACCGCCAAAAGUCUCCCACUUCCCUGAAAAGUUUUAUUUUAUUUUCACUCUGUUCAUUUCAGAAUAAACUUUUCAAAAGUA